AUGCGCUCUGAGGAGCUACCCGGAGUAGAGUGUAUAGAUAAUAUUUUUCCUUUUUCCGACAUAGAAUGUGAAUUGGGUACCGAGCAAGAGACACCCUUGGUGUGCCUGGGUAAUGAGGUAGAACCUCCCCAUACUGAAGACCCUAUUGAAGAAGUGGAGUUUCAGGAUCUCAGAGUCCCCCCUGGUAACUUCCGAGCAGCCGAAUGGGAAGAUAUGUCCCUGACAGCA